AUGUCUGACAACGGAGUCCUGCCUGUCGAGGUGGACCCAGCAGCAGCUUUCUUAGCCCAGCAAGAAAGCGAAAUAGCGGUGAUAGAGAAUAACGACGAAGGAUUCGGUGCUUUGGACGGAUCCGUUGAGCUUCUCCAGCAACCGCCGGUAACCGAUUCACCUGCUGCUGUAGAAAACCGUAAGUUGCUAACUAUGCUAAGUUAGCAUGUUAGCUAAACUAACUCCAAGCUAAAAGUACAUAAACGGAGACAACAAAAGUCACUUUUAUUAGUGCUAUAGUUAGGUAGUUAAUUCUUACCAGACAGCUAGUUAGUUAGCUAAGUUAGCCUGGCUUUUAGUUAUCUAAUUGACAGCUGUCAAUGUAAACAGGAACGUUAAGAUGGAGCAGCACACCACACCCUUUAGUUGGAUGAUGAUGACUAAAGUUAGUCACUUUGUCUGGAUGUGAUUGUGUCAUGUCUUGAAGCUAUCCUCGGGUCAAAUUACAGAAGCUAGUUUACGUUACUGCCCAAACAGGUGUUCAUGUGUCACUAGCUAUCUAUCCACCCCUCGAAAGCAAAUGAUGACUUUAGCUAGGUUAGAAUAAUGCUAAAGAUGUCAUGUUGUUUCCUCUGCCAGAUGCCGGGUUUGCAGAGGCGUCAGCAGCCACGGUAAACGGAGACAUGUUUGAGCUGGUAAGAUAAUUCACUUCUUUCUGUUCUUGGACAUGUUUUAAUUGCAGGUUAGUUUUGUAAGUGAGGCUGUACUUGUAGCAGAUGAGGACACCUGAACUAGUUACCCAUUCUCUAUGGUAAGUGAAUUGUUAACAAGUAAAUGUUGUUCAAGGAAGCAUGACAAGAGAAAGUUGCUUGGGUAAUGUAAAGACCAACUGCUCGCAAAAAACAACGUAUAUUUUAGAAAAGAGUCCGAAUCAUGUAUUCUACUGUCAAAAUUGACAACAGUGUAAAUAGGAUAAUUUUAGUCAAAGUCAGUCUCAUCCAAAACAGCAUUUUGUACCUGAGUAUGUCCCAAUUUAAAUUAAGGUUGGGUUUGUUUCAAUCCUGCCCACAGCUGGCAGCACACAAGUAAUCGUCACUGACCCUAUCAUAAUGCCCGUGGUAAAUGUGGUUUGACUUUGGAUAUCCCCAUGGGGCAAAUUGGGGACCAUCUGUAAAUUACACAAUGUAGGCUACAUGGGACAAUAUGUAAAAAUUCCAAUACCUCAAAAUGUCUAUGAUUUUAAAUACAUCAAACAACUAUAAAUUGUAGAAAUGCAUAUACAGAUAUUGAAAGCAUUUAAUGAGAACUAAAAGGUGUGCAACAUGAAAAUAUUGUCUCAUUUACAUUGUGUAAUUUAUUGACAGUCCCUAACUAGCCUGGAGAUAGGCUAUCCAACGUGAAACCAACUUUACCACGGUUGCACACCAGGGCUGAAGCUUAUUGGCAAAAUAAUUUGGCUAACUCAUCCCACCUGCGAACACACACACGAGAUACCCACAUCAAACCACACCCCAAAACCAACUCACGUUUGAAUUGUCAUGGCUGUUGAUAUUUCUUAAUGAGACAAAUCUAAAACGAGGCCAAAUCAGGAAGUUCAGCCGCCCUUUAAGGAUUUCUGCAUUUGCUCCUCAGUGUUCAGCUGUUACUAUUGAAUGACCCAUGGACUGGUGGUCCUCAUGCCUUAUUAGUGCUGAGCAAUUAGUGCUUUUUGAGGUCGGUUCGAUUAUUUAAAGAAUAAUCACGGAUUUCAGUUUCAAUUAUUUUUUGAGAUAUGAAAUGCAUUAUGUGAGUUGAAUUCUGUAACAACACAGAAUAAAAAUAAUUAAAGUCCCAUGAUGGCAGUGACUGCCCAUUACUGCAUAUCACAUUAACCAUCAUUUAUUCACAUUACUUUACUAAAAUAUUUGUUUUAUUUGAUGACUUUCUUAUCGCUUUCUAUCUGCGUUCUCGCUUUGUCUCCGCGGAUAACUUUAAGCGGGCGUGCAAUGGAUUAUGGUCAUUGUAGUUAAUUACCAUGUUUUCCGCGCUAAACUGUAGAAUAUUGGCCUGUUGGAAACUACAACUCCGUACUAAAUCGCACAGUUCAGGCUUGAUCUGAUUUUAUCUCUACAGAAACUGCACAUCGAGCUCAAAGAUAAACAACAAACAAAAAAACGGAACAAAAUGGAAUUCAAAUAAUUGAACCGACGUUGGUCAAUUAGUUGUUUUUAAUAACCAACGUUUUGGUUAAUCGCUCGGCACUGUGCCUUAUGUAUGGUGUAUGUCUAACCCACAGCACCAAAAGCUAGUAUACAUCAGUUCAUAAUGGACUAGUCUGUCUGGUGUAUGUCUAACCCACAGCACCAAAAGCUAGUAUACAUCAGUUCAUAAUGGACUAGUCUGUCUGGUGUAUGUCUAACCCACAGCACCAAAAGCUAGUAUACAUCAGUUCAUAAUGGACGAGUCUGUCUGGUGUAUGUCUAACCCACAGCACCAAAAGCUAGUAUACAUCAGUUCAUAAUGGACGAGUCUGUCUGGUGUAUGUCUAACCCACAGCACCAAAAGCUAGUAUACAUCAGUUCAUAAUGGACUAGUCUGUCUGGUGUAUGUCUAACCCACAGCACCAAAAGCUAGUAUACAUCAGUUCAUAAUGGACUAGUCUGUAUGGUGUAUGUCUAACCCACAGCACCAAAAGCUAGUAUACAUCAGUUCAUAAUGGACUAGUCUGUCUGGUGUAUGUCUAACCCACAGCACCAAAAGCUAGUAUACAUCAGUUCAUAAUGGACGAGUCUGUCUGGUGUAUGUCUAACCCACAGCACAAAAAGCUAGUAUACAUCAGUUCAUAAUGGACUAGUCUGUCUGGUGUAUGUCUAACCCACAGCACCAAAAGCUAGUAUACAUCAGUUCAUAAUGGACUAGUCUGUCUGGUGUAUGUCUAACCCACAGCACCAAAAGCUAGUAUACAUCAGUUCAUAAUGGACUAGUCUGUCUGGUGUAUGUCUAACCCACAGCACCAAAAGCUAGUAUACAUCAGUUCAUAAUGGACUAGUCUGUCUGGUGUAUGUCUAACCCACAGCACCAAAAGCUAGUAUACAUCAGUUCAUAAUGGACGAGUCUGUAUGGUCCUAUGGCUGCCUUUACACGGGCAGCCCAAUUCUGAUUUAAUUUUUCCACUAAUUGGUAUUUUUGACCAAUCAGAUCAGGUCUUUCCCACUAAUUGGUAUUUUUGACCAAUCAGAUCAGGUCUUUUGCCAGUAAUUGGGCAAAAGAUCAGAAUUGGGCUGUCUUUGUAAACGCAGCCUAUGACUGGUGGUCCUUAUGUCUCAUGCCUGGUCCUGGUUCUUCUCCCCCCCCCCCAGGAGUCCAACGGUCCAUCGGACAGCUAUGCGGCCAUCGCCCAGGUGGACUCUCUGAGAGCAGAGCCUGAGAGCCUGCGUAAGUGGAGGGAGGAGCAGAAGGCACGGCUGGAGCAACUAGGUAAGGAAACAACAGAGACUGCUGAAGUGUGGCCCAAAUGGCACUCUGUUCCCUAUAUAGUGCACUACUUUUAGCCAGGGUCCAUAGGGCUCUGGUCAAAAGUAGUGCACUAUGUAGGGAAUAGGGUGCCAGUUUGGACUCACACAGCUACUUCAGACUUACAUACUACUACUACGAUACAUACAGUAUCUACUACUACUACUACGAUACAUACAGUAUCUACUACUACUACUACUACGAUACAUACAGUAUCUACUAUACUACUACUACGAUACAUACAGUAUCUACUACUACAAUACAUACAGUAUCUACUACUACUACUACGAUACAUACAGUAUCUACUACUACAAUACAUACAGUAUCUACUACUACUACGAUACAUACAGUAUCUACUACUACUACGAUACAUACAGUAUCUACUACUACUACUACGAUACAUACAGUAUCUACUACUACUACUACGAUACAUACAGUAUCUACUACUACGAUACAUACAGUAUCUACUACUACGAUACAUUCAGUAUCUACUACUACGAUACAUACAGUAUCUACUACUACGAUACAUACAGUAUCUACUACUACUACGAUACAUACAGUAUCUACUACUACGAUACAUACAUUAUCUACUACUACUACUACGAUACAUACAGUAUCUACUACUACUACUACGAUACAUACAGUAUCUACUACUACUACUACUACGAUACAUACAGUAUCUACUACUACUACUACGAUACAUACAGUAUCUACUACUACGAUACAUACAGUAUCUACUACUACUACUACGAUACAUACAGUAUCUACUACUACGAUACAUACAGUAUCUACUACUACUACUACGAUACAUACAGUAUCUACUACUACGAUACAUACAGUAUCUACUACUACGAUACAUACAGUAUCUACUACUACUACUACUACGAUACAUACAGUAUCUACUACUACUACUACUACGAUACAUACAGUAUCUACUACUACGAUACAUACAGUAUCUACUACUACGAUACAUUCAGUAUCUACUACUACGAUACAUACAGUAUCUACUACUACUACUACGAUACAUACAUACUACUAUCUACGAUACAUACAGUAUCUACUACGAUACAUACAGUAUCUACUACGAUACAUACAGUAUCUACUACUACUACGAUACAUACAGUAUCUACUACUACUAUGAUACAUACAGUAUCUACUACUACGAUACAUACCGUAUCUACUACUACUACUACGAUACAUACAGUAUUACUACUACUACUACGAUACAUACAGUAUCUACUACUACUACGAUACAUACAGUAUCUACUACUACUACGAUACAUACAGUAUCUACUACUACUACUACGAUACAUACAGUAUCUACUACUACGAUACAUACAGUAUCUACUACUACGAUACAUACAGUAUCUACUACUACGAUACAUACAGUAUCUACUACUACUACGAUACAUACAGUAUCUACUACUACGAUACAUACAGUAUCUACUACUACGAUACAUACAGUAUCUACACUACUACGACUACAACAUACAGUAUCUACUACUACUACGAUACAUACAGUAUCUACUACUACGAUACAUACAGUAUCUACACUACAUACUACUAUCGAUACAUAUACAGUAAUCUACUACUACUACGAUACAUACAGUAUCUACUACUAACUACACUACGAUACAUACAGUAUCUACUACUACGAUACAUACGUAUCUACUACUACUACGAUACAUACAGUAUCUACUACUACGAUACAUACAGUAUCUACUACUACUACGAUACAUACAGUAUCUACUACUACGAUACAUACAGUAUCUACUACUACUACGAUACAUACAGUAUCUACUACUACUACGAUACAUACAGUAUCUACUACUACUACGAUACAUACAGUAUCUACUACUACUACGAUACAUACAGUAUCUACUACUACGAUACAUACAGUAUCUAUUACUACGAUACAUACAGUAUCUACUACUACGAUACAUACAGUAUCUACUACUACGAUACAUACAGUAUCUACUACUACGAUACAUACAGUAUCUACUACUACGAUACAUACAGUAUCUACUACUACUACUACGAUACAUACAGUAUCUACUACUACUACGAUACAUACAGUAUCUACUACUGACUUCUCAGUCAGUAUUUUGUCCACUCAAUGUACACACUGACGAAGGUUGACACCUAAAUGUCACAUUUUCCCACUGCCUGCUAAAAAGCGAAAUAAAAGACCUACAAAAAAACAAAUCUGAAGUUGAAUAGUCUGUCUAAUGUUGAAUAGUCUGUCUAAUGUUGAAUAGUCUGUCUAAUGUUGAAUAGUCUGUCUAAUGUUGAAUAGUCUGUCUAAUGUUGAAUAGUCUGUCUAAUGUUGAAUAGUCUGUCUAAUGUUGAAUAGUCUGUCUAAUGUUGAAUAUUCUGUCUAAUGUUGAAUAGUAUGUCUAAUGUUGUGUGCGAACCACCCUUCGUUUUGUCAUGGCCUGUAUGGAAUGGUUGGUCUUGUUCUCGCUGUAUUGACUCUAGUUGAUCUCCUGAGAAAAGAGCACUGCCUUCUGUAGAUCAAUGCAUUGCAGACUGAAACAUUUCAUCCUGGGUAGUAUUCAUUAGAGCACACCGUAGCAAAACGUUUUGCAACGGGAAAAAACGAAAACAAGCUAUUCUUAUUGGACAAAUUCAGGUAGUCCUGCCCAUUUCCACCUGUUUGCUUUCCACUUCAUUCCUACUGAAUACGACUGUAUUGAUCAUACCAUCACCAUCUCCCUGUGUGCAUGUGAACCCUGAAGACUCUGCGUCCAAGGCUGCGGAGGCUGAGUGGAAACAGAAGGCCAAGAAAGAGCUGGAGGACUGGCAUGUGCACCAGAAUGAACAGAUGGAGAAGAACAAGGCCAACAACAGGUUAGUUCCUACCUAGCUCUGUUUUAGUUCCUACAUGGUUCCCUCAAAACUAACGUAACAGGAAAUACAAGUAUAACAUUAUACGAAAUAGAGAUAAGGCUAAAUAUUCAUCUAAUGGAUCUGAUUUGUAUCUGUGAUGGUUCACUAUCAGAAUCUUAAGAGCAACGAUUCGAUCAGAAUGUGUGUUUCUGUGGUUAUUUCCUUGUUAUUCCGUGAGAUCAGAUCAGGAAAUAGGAUGUUUAAAUUUAGGAUUAAAGACUUUCUAUAGAUUGUCACAGAAAGUUGACUUUAUUCAUGUACCUAAUAUAUAAUAAUAAUAAUGUGAACAGGAUUUCUUGGUAAAUGGCCUAAACUGAGUGGAAACUUGGAACUGUGAUAGCUGAGCUGACCUCGAUGCCUCCAGGGCUCCAAUGUUUUGUUGACCUGCUUUUUUAUAACAGAUAGAUAUUGUUCAUUAUGUAGGAUUGGUCAGAAAUGCAGAGAUCAGUUUGUACGCUUGAAGAAUCAGACGUUUGUGUCCUAUAUCUACGUCACCAAGCUGAAAUGUUGUAAUAGAUCUGAACUGUCGUAAACUAAGGAAAGUGGAUGGAUUUCUCUAUUUCUUUUAGCUAAUGAAAUAACAAAAUGACACGUAACUUCUCAUUGCGUUUGUAUUGAUUUUCAUCAAAGUUGAUUUAACUAAUGAACCAAUGUUUAACUAUUUAUGAACUAUUUUUAUGCCCUCUGUAAUCCCACGCUUAAAGUGCAUUCGGAAAGUAUUCAGACCACUUGACUUUUUCCACAUUUUGUUAUGUUACAGCCUUAUUCUAAAAUUGUCGUUUUUCCUCAUUAAUCUACACACAAUACCCCAUAAUGACAAAGCAAAAACAGGUUUUUAGACAUUUUUGCAAAUAUAAUAUAAAAAUAUAUGACAUUUACAUAAGUAUUCAGACCCUUUACUCAGUACUUUGUUGAAGCACCUUUGGCAACGAUUACAGCCUUGAGUCUUCUUGGGUAUGACGCUACAAGCUUGGUACACCUGUAUUUGGGGAGUUUCUCCCAUUCUUCUCUGCAGAUCCUCUCAAGCUCUAUCAGGUUGGAUGGGGAGCGUCGCUGCACAGCUAUUUUCAGGUCUCUCCAGAGAUGUUUGAUCGGGUUCAAGUCCGGGCUCUGGCUGGGCCAAUCAAGGACAUUCAGAGACUUGUCCCGAAGCCACUCCUGUGUUGUCUUGGCUGUGUGCUUAGGGUCGUUGUCCUGUUGGAAGGUGAACCUUCGCCCCAGUCUGAGGUCCUGAGCGCUCUGGAGCAGGUUUUCAUCAAGGAUCUCUCUGUACUUUGCUCUGUUAAUCUUUCCCAAACAGUAGAAUGGCCUUACUGAAGAGCUCAGUGACUUUCAAUGUGGCACCGUCAUAGGAUGCCACCUUUCCAACAAGUCAGGUUGUGAAAUUUCAGCCCUGCUAGAGCUGCCCCGGUCAACUGUAAGUGCUGUUAUUGUGAAGUGGAAACGUCUAGGAGCAACAACGGCUCAGCCGCGAAGUGGUAGGCCACACAAGUUCACAGAACGGGACCACCGAGCGCUAAAGAGCAUAGCACGUAAAAAUCGUCUGUCCUCGGUUGCAACAACUACCAAGUUCCAAACUGCCUCUGGAAGCACAAUAACUGUUCGUUGGGAGCUUCAUGAAAUGGGUUUCCAUGGCCGAGCAGCCACACACAAGCCUAUGAUCACCAUGCGCAAUGCCAAGCAUCAGCUGGAGUGGUGUAAAGUUCGCCGCCGUUGGACUCUGUAGCAGUGGAAACGCGUUCUCUGGAGUGACGAAUCACACUUCACCAUAUGGCAGUCCGAUGGACGAAUCUGGGUUUGGCGGAUGCCAGGAGAACACUACCUGCCCCAAUGUAUAGUGCCAACUGUAAAGUUUGGUGGAGGAGGAAUAAUGGUCUGGGGCUGUUUUUCAUGGUUCGGGCUAGGCCCCUUAGUUCCAGUUAAGGGAAGUCUUAACGAUACAGAAUACAAUGACAUUCUAGACGAUUCUGUGCUUCCAACUUUGUGUCAACAGUCUGGGGAAGGCCCUUUUCCUGUUUCAGCAUUACGAUUCCCCCGUGCCGAAAGCGAGGUCCAUACAGAAAUGGUUUGUCGAGAUCGGUGUGGAAGAACUUGACUAGCCUGCACAGAGCCCUGACCUCAACCCCAUCGAACACCUUUUUGGGAUAAAUUGGAAACGCCGACUGCGAGCCAGGCCUAAUCGCCCAACAUCAGUGCCCGACCUCACUAAUGCUCUUGUGGCUGAAUGGAAGCAAGUCCCCACAGCAAUGUUCCAACAUCUAGUGGAAAGGCUUCCCAGAAGAGUGGAGGCUGUUAUAGCAGCUAAGGGGGGGACCAACUCCAUAUUAAUGGCCAUGAUUUUGGAAUGAGAUGUUCGAUGAGCAGGUGUCCACAUACUUUUGGUCAUGUAGUGAAUGUGCAUUGAAAUUGCCAUCGAUUUAAAAUGCAAUUGUGUUCGUUGUCCGUAGCUUGUGCCUGCCCAUACCAUAACCCCACCGCCACCAUGGGGCACUCUGUUCACAACGUUGACAUACGCAAACUGCUCGCCCACACGACUGCCAUCUGCCCGGUACAGUUGAAACCGGGAUUCAUCCGCGAAGAGCACACUUCUUCAGCAUGCCAGUUGCCAUUGAAGGUGAGAAUUUGCCCACUGAAGUCGGUUACGACGCAGAAUUGCAGUCAGUUCAAGACCCUGGUGAGAUGAGCUUCCCUGAGACGGUUUCUGACAGUUUGUGCAGAAAUUCUUCCGUUGUCCAAACCCACAGUUUCAUCAGCUGUCCGUGUGGCUGGUCUCAGACGAUCCCGCAGGUGAAGAAGCCGGAUGUGGAGGUCAUUGGCUGGCGUGGUUACACAUUGUGAGGCCGGUUGGACGUACUGCCAAAUCCUCUAAAAUUAUGUAGGAGUCGGCUUAAGGUAGAGAAAUGAACAUUAUAUUCUCUGGCAACAGCUCUGGUGGACAUUCCUGCAGUCAGCAUGCCAAUUGCACACUCCCUCAAAACUUGAGACAUCUGUGGCAUUGUGUUGUGACAACUUCAGUGGUAUUUUAUUGUCCCCAGCACAAGGUGCACCUGUGUAAUGAUCAUGCUGUUUAAUCAGCUUCUUGAUAUGCCACACCUGUCCGGUGGAUGGAUUAUCUUGGCAAAGGACAAAUGCUCACUAACAGGGAUGUAAACAAAUUUGUGAACAAAAUUUGAGAGAAAUAAGCUUUUUUGUGCAUAAUGGAACAUUUCUGGGGUCUUUUUAUUUAAGCUCAUGAAACAUGGGACCAACACUUUUUUUUAUAUGUUGUGUUUUUAUAUUUUUGUUCAGUGUAAAACCAAACCUUCUCUCUGUCCAAGUCUGGCACGGUAGCAGUUUGCGACAACAACAACUCUCUUUCCUGCUGUAACGGGACUGUGAGCACUAAGAUGGAGACAGGCUAGCGCUGUGUCCGGGCAACACGGCCGGGGAUAUAGACAACAACACAGGCUGCGUCCCAAAUGGCACCUUCACUAUACAGUGUACUACUCCCAACGCUUUACUAAAGUAGUGCACUUUAGAGGGAAUAGGGUGCUAUUUGGGAUAUAUCGAUAGGCUAGUAAUGACUUAGAAGUGUCACAUUGCAUUAUAUCUGGCCAUUCCCUAGACUGUUGACUGCACUAUGAUGAUUGAGACAAUAUCGUGUUUGAUCCUAUACAUCUUACAGAUGACAUAUGAAUUGUAUUGUCCUAUACACUGAGUGUACAAAAUAUUAGGAACACCUUCCUAAUAUUGAGUUGCACCCCCUUUUUGCCCACAGAACAGCCUCGAUUCUUCGGGGCAUUGGACUCUUCAAGGUGUCGAAUUCCGCGUUCCACAGGGAUGCUGGCCCAUGUUGACUCCAAUGCUUCCCACAGUUGUGUCAAGUUGGCUGGUGGUGGAUCUCUACUCCGAAUAGCUCGUUCCAUCUCAUCCCCACAGAUGCUCAAUUGGAUUGAGCUCUGGUGACUGGGCAGGCCACUGCAGUAAGCUGAAUUCACUGUCAUAUUCGUGGAACCAUUCCUGGACAAGCCUUGUGUCAUGGGGCAUUAUCCUGCUGAAAAAAUCUAUUUGCAGAUGGAUACACUGCUGCCAUGAAGGGAUGCAACUGAUUGGCAAUGAUAUCUUGUGGCAUUCAAACGUUGCUCCACUUUUAUCAAGGGGCCCAAUGUGUGCCAUGAAAACACACCCCACACCAUCACCACCAGCCUGCAACGUUGACACGCGCCUCAUGAUGGAUGCAUGUCCUCCCAUCAGCGUGAAACAGCAGCAACCAGGAUUCAUCAGACCAGGCAAUGUUUUUCCAAUUCCAAUUUUAGUUCCUUAGCCCACUGCAACCUCAGUUUCUUGUUUUUUGCUAAAAGAAGAAGUGGAACUAUGUAAGGUCAUUGGCUACCAUACCCCAUUCGUUUCAAGGUAUGACAAGCUCUUCAUUAGUUUUAUGGGUCUUUGGGCACCAGUGUUGUACUGGAAUGUCAGUCGACUAACUGCAGCCUGUCUGUUUCUCAGCCUAGUUUGUCCUCUUUCAUCAAUGACCUGUUUUCGACGACUGGCCUGCUGUUGGCUGGACGUCCUUUGGGUGGUGAACCAUUCUUGAUACACACGGGAAACUAUUCAGCUUGAAAUCCAGCAGUGUUGCAGUUCUUGACUCAAACCGCUGCGCCUGGCACCUAAACUCAGCAAAAAAAGAAACGUCCCUUUUUCAGGACCCUGUCUUACAUUUACAUUUUAGACAUUUAGCAGACGCUCUUAUCCAGAGCGACUUACAGUUAGUGAGUGCAUACAUUUAAAAAAAUCAUACUGGCCCCCCCCCCCCCCCCCCCCCCGUGGGAAUCAAACCCACAACCCUGGCGUUGCAAACGCCAUGCUACACGGGACAGAUCUUCACAGAUCUUCAUUGUAAAGGGUUUAAACACUGUUUCCCAUGCUUGUUCAAUGAACCAUAAACAAUUAAUGACCAUGCACCUGUGGAACGGUCGUUAUGACGCUGACAGCUUACAGACGGUAGGCAAUUAAGGUCACAGUUAUGAAAACUUGGGACGCUAAAGAGGCCUUUCUACUGACUCUGAAAAACACCAAAAGAAAGAUGCCCAGGGUCCCUGCUCAUCUGCGUGAACGUGCCUUAGGCAUGCUGCAAGGAAGCAUGAGGACUGCAGAUGUGGCCAGGGCAAUAAAUUGCAAUGUCCGUACUGUGAGACGCCUAAGACAGCGCUACAGGGAGACAGGACGGACAGCUGAUCGUCCUCGCAGUGGCAGACCACGUGUAACAACACCUGCACAGGAUCGGUACAUCCGAACAUCACACCUGCGGGACAGGUACAGGAUGGCAACAACAACUGCCCGAGUUACACCAGGAAUGCACAAUCCCUCCAUCAGUGCUCAGACUGUCCGCAAUAGGCUGAGAGAGGUUGGACUGAGGGCUUGUAGGCCUGUUGUAAGGCAGGUCCUCACCAGACAUCACCGGCAACAACGUCACCUAUGGGCACAAACCCACCGUCGCUGGACCAGACAGGACUGGCAAAAAGUGCUCUUCACUGACGAGUCACGGUUUUGUCUCACCAGGGGUGAUGGUUGGAUUCGCGUUUAUCGUCGAAGGAAUGAGCGUUACAGAGGCCUGUACUCUGGAGCGGGAUCGAUUUGGAGGUGGAGGGUCCGUCAUGGUCUGGGGCGGUGUGUCACAGCAUCAUCGGACUGAGCUUGUUGUCAUUGCAGGCAAUCUCAACGCUGUGCGUUACAGGGAAGAUAUCCUCCUCCCUCAUGUGGUACCCUUCCUGCAGGCUCAUCCUGACAUGACCCUCCAGCAUGACAAUGCCACCAGCCAUACUGCUCGGUCUGUGCGUGAUUUCCUGCAAGACAGGAAUGUCAGUGUUCUGUCAUGGCCAGCGAAGAGCCCGGAUCUCAAUCCCAUUGAGCACAUCUGGGAACUGUUGGAUCGGAGGGUGAGGGCUAGGGCCAUUCCCCCCAGAAAUGUCUGGGAACUUGCAGGUGCCUUGGUGGAAGAGUGGGGUAACAUCUCACAGCAAGAACUGGCAAAUCUGGUGCAGUCCAUGAGGAGGAGAUGCACGGCAGUACUUAAUGCAGCUGGUGGCCAAACCAGAUACUGACUGUUACUUUUUACAUUUACAUUUACAUUUUAGUCAUUUAGCAGACGCUCUUAUCCAGAGCGACUUACAGGAGCAAUUAGGGUUAAGUGCCUUGCUCAAGGGCACAUUAACGUCAUUUAGCAGACGCUCUUAGCCAGAGCGACUCACAAAUUGGUGCGUUCACCCUAUAGCCAGUGGGAUAACCACUUUACAAUUUGACUGCACUGCACAAUUUUUGACCCCCCCCUUUGUUCAGGGACACAUUAUUCCAUUUCUGUUAGUCACAUGUCUGUGGAACUUGUUCAGUUUAUGUCUCAGUUGUUGAAUCUUGUUAUGUUCAUACAAAUAUUUACACGUGUUAAGUUUGCUGAAAAUAAACGCAGUUGACAGUGAGAGGACAUUACUACCAUAAUCCGUUCAAAGGCUCUUAAAUAUUUUGUCUUGCCUAUUCACCGCCCGAAUGGCAGACGUACACUAACGACGUCUCAAGGCCUACAUCAUUUUAUUUCUCUGCCUGUUGUGUGACACUGUCUCGUUCCGUUCUACUGCACACUAGGAUUUAAGACUUUCUACAAACAGGCCAACUCUGAAGUGCUAGGCUUUGUGUAGGAUUACAACUCUUCUCUAUUGUCUUGGCAUUCUACCUCUUAGUUUCAGUCACCUGUAGUUACUUUGUUUGCCAACUGUGAAACAAACCAGUGAAUAACACAUUAGUUGGGCUCCAUUUUUGGGAGGGCUUAUUUGGACUGUAUUUGACCAUGUCCAUAAAUCACAACAACAGUGUUCAUCGAAAUUCAUUCAUUAUUUCAGCUGUGAUAUUUUGCCAGAAAUGCAUGUAGCCUAUUUUCAAUACUGUGUGUGUGUGUGUGUGUCGGUUUUAGUCAAAUGUACACACACUAUGAGUCUGACGUGGAAGUGAUUGUGUUUUUGAAAAGUUUGUGUUUAGGCAGUAGGUGCUGUUUGCAGAAGCAUGGCAUGUCAGUGGUGCUAAACUCUAUGGGACGGUUUUCCUGACACAGAUUUAAGUCCUGGAAUAAAAUGUUAUUUCGAAGGAGAUUCUCCAUUGAGGACCAGGCUUAAUGUGCGUCCGGGGAAACCGUCCCUCAAACACCUUCUCCAUCCCCUUCCUAACCCUUCCUCCAGGGCAUCUGAAGAGGCCUUCCUGUCUGAGGCUGACGGUGACAGCCCAGGGACGGAGUGGGAGAGAGUGGCCCGUCUCUGUGACUUCAACCCCAAGACCAACAAGACAGCCAAGGACGUGUCCCGGAUGCGCUCUGUCCUCAUAGCCCUCAAACAGACACCUCUGGUUCGCUAG